AUGAUGAUUCAGAACAUGUCUCCCUUUCUAUCUCGCCUCCCCCUCUCCCUCGGCUUCCAAACCCGCUGCUUCACAUCCACACGCACCCACCUCGCAAAGUCCCUCCCACCCCGCGUCCCCCUCCCGGACUCGGACAUCAUCGAGAAAUUCCUGCACGGCUCCGGGCCCGGCGGUCAAAAAAUCAACAAAACCUCCUCCGCCGUGCAGCUCAAGCACAUCCCGACCGGCAUCGUGGUGAAAUACCAAGACACGCGGUCGCGCACGGUCAAUCGCAAGAUGGCGCGCAAGAUCCUGCAAGAGCGCAUUGAGGAGGCCGAGCUGGGCGACGAUGCGCGGACGAAGGUCAAGCAGAGGGAGAAGAGCAGGAAGAAACAGAGUGCGGAUAAGAAGAAGAGGAGGAAGUAUCGGAAGUUGGGCGAGGAGCAGACGGGAGAUGGGGAUGGGGUGGAGGGUGAGAUUGAGGGUGGCGACGUGGAGGAGGCUGGAGGAGAAGAGGUGGUGCGUGAACAGGCAAGCACGCCCGACGACAUCACCUAUAUCGCCAAGUCCCUGGGACAGCAGGAUGCAGCUGAAAGAGGGAUGAGUCGCGAUGGCAUGGCUUGCGGUCACGCCGAGACUCACAACAGGUUGGCGAAGUGGUCAAAAGACAGCGCUGGUGAGGUGGAGAGAUGCAUGGCAUGUCAUCAGCUACAUUAUCCCAUCACUAUGUAG